CGCAAAUGAAGAAUACAUUUUUCCUCCCUCUGACUCCUUUAUCCUCCAUUCACUGCCUCAGUUGUAAAUACGUCAAGUUAGAGUCAUAACAACACUAUACUGAUGUGUGUGCACUCACUGUGUCGUAUAUAUUUUUAUUUCCACAUCAGAAUUAAGUGUCUAGUGCCCAAGGCAUAUGUUUUAUAGGUCAGUUUUGAUGCUAUUCAGGUUUUCUUACAUUGAGGAAUUUAGUUGACUAAUAACAAAGCCAUCUUUUGUGAUGCAAUAUUUGACUAUUGGCUCCAUUAACUGUUUUUUUUUUUUUUUAUGUGUUUACACCUUGUCUUGUUCCUAAGCAGUUUUACAAUAGCUUAAUGGAUGCAAAAUACAUCAAAAUUAUAAAUUAUAAGGAAGUGAAAAAGAGAAAGGGAGAACAAGGAUAAAAAAGAAAUAUUGAUACGGGAAUAAUCCCUUUUACACCUGCUCACGGAGAACAAAUUUGGCUCCAAACUUUCUAGCAGCUCAUUAAAAAAAAACUUGAUUAGUUACAUAAUUCAUGUUUAAUGCUUCAUUAAACAUUUAGAAUUCAAAAUCUUAAGACCAGAAAUAAUUUGCUCCCAGGGAUCCUUCUGAGAGUUUGCACCAUACCAUGUAAUUAAAAGUCUUCAACAAUAUUCAUACAUUAGAGCUAAUACAUUUUACAGGUCUGUUUCUUACACAUGUCCUUUAACAUAAGCACCUGGCAUUAUAAAAAGAGAAAUUUGGAAAGAGAAAGUCUUCUAGGACAUUCAGUCCUGUCCUGUUACACCAUGCUUAUUUGACUAACCUGGUCUAAUUAAAGAUGAGAGACAAGAAAUGAAUGGACUGCAUUGCCUUCAGGCAAUCUCUUCACUGAUUAUUAUUCUUAACCAACCUUUAGAAUACCUGGGUGGGGUAUUAGGAGUCAGAUAUUUACUGAGUCCAUUUGAGUCUGCUUUGCCUGGGAAGUGCCCAGAGGAGUGGUUCCCAACUUUCUGAUCUCUCGCUUCACAAUAGAAUCACCUGGAGAAUUAAAAAAGAAAAAGGAAAAAAAAAAAAAAAAAAAAAAAACAGCUGGGCACUUCCUUCAGAAAUUUUUAUUUAGUUGGCCUACAGUAGGAUACAGAGGUAGCCACUGUGUUUCAAAAUUUCCCCAGGUGACUCUUAUGUACAGCCAGAGUUGAAAACCAGUCUUUGAGUUUACAGAUGUUUGGAGAGAGAAGAUAAGGUCUGAAGUGUUUGGAUAUUACUGUUAGUACUGUGAUCUGAAUGUUUUAAUUGCUCAAUGAAUUAAAUUGGAUAAUUACAAUGGGCAUAACUGACUUAUUAAAAAAGCAAAGGGGGGAUACUCAGCCAGCCCAGUCAGUCCUCCCGGCUUGCGCUGCGGCCGCGAGUUCUGUGUUUCUCCCAAGAUGGUGGCGCUGGGCUCGGGGUGACUGCAGGAAACGACAGGGCCCCUACAACCCGCCCUUCGCUCGCUCGCGCAUCCCGCCGCCACGUAGCCAGCUGCCCGUCUGGCGCCCGACAACCGCCGUCGCUGCCGCCUUGUGCUUCGCUUCCGCCGAUCCGGCGCUGAAGGCCCCGGGCGGCAGUGCCUCCCUCGGCUUCUCCUGCGGGCCGUCUCUGAACGUCUCGCGGCCUAGCCUCGGGCAGCCGGCCCGCAGCCCCCGGUGUGGACCGGCAGCGGCGCAACGGCCGCUGGCGACGAGCGUGGGGUCCGCGGCGUCCCUGGCGUUCCCUUUGCCGGCCUCGGCUUCCGGAGAAGAAAGCGCGGGUCCCGCAUGAGCCCCGGCGGUGGCGGCGGCAGCGAAGGGGAACGAGGCGGUGGCGGGCGGAGGCGGCGGGCGAGGGCGACGACGACCAGUGAGGCGGCUGCCGCUGCCAGGACUGCGGCCCAAGCGCGGGGGCGACGGCAGAUCACCAGGAGAACCUCAGUCUGACGACAUUGAAGCUAGCCGAAUGAAGCUAGCAGCUGCAAAGCAUCUAAUAGAACGCUACUACCACCAGUUAACUGAGGGCUGUGGAAAUGAGGUCUGCACGAAUGAGUUUUGUGCUUCCUGUCCAACUUUUCUUCGUAUGGAUAACAAUGCAGCAGCUAUUAAGGCCCUCGAGCUUUAUAAGAUUAAUGCAAAACUCUGUGAUCCUCAUCCCUCCAAGAAAGGAGCAAGCUCAGCUUACCUUGAGAACAACUCAAAAAGUGCCCCUAAUAACUGCACUGAGAUAAAAAUGAACAAGAAGGAAGGACAAGGAGCUAGAGAUGAUUUUAAAGAUGUGACUUACCUAACAGAAUAAAUGGUAUAUGAAAUUCUUGAAUUAUGUAGAGAGAGAGAGGAUUAUUCUCCUUUAAUCCGUGUUAUUGGAAGAGUUUUUUCUAGUGCUGAAGCAUUGGUACAGAGCUUUCGAAAAGUCAAACAUCACACAAAGGAAGAACUGAAAUCUCUUCAAGGAAGAGAUGAAGACAAGGAUGAAGAUGAAAAGGAAAAAGCUGCAUGCUCUGCUGCUGCUAUGGAAGAAGAUUCAGAAGCAUCCUCCUCAAGGAUAGGUGAUAGCUCACAGGGAGAUAACAACUUACAAAAAUUAGGUCCUGAUGAUGUGUCUGUGGAUAUUGAUGCCAUUAGAAGGGUGUACACCAGAUUGCUCUCUAAUGAAAAAAUAGAAACUGCCUUUCUUAAUGCACUUGUAUACUUGUCACCAAAUGUGGAAUGUGACUUGACAUAUCACAAUGUAUACUCCCGUGAUCCUAAUUAUCUGAAUUUGUUCAUUAUUGUAAUGGAGAAUGGAAAUCUUCAUAGUCCGGAAUAUCUGGAAAUGGCUUUGCCAUUGUUUUGCAAAGCAAUGAGCAAGCUACCCCUUGCAGCCCAAGGAAAACUGGUUAGACUAUGGUCUAGGUACAGUGCAGACCAGAUUCGGAGAAUGAUGGAAACAUUUCAGCAACUCAUUACCUACAAAGUCAUAAGCAAUGAAUUUAAUGGUCGAAAUCUAGUGAAUGAUGAUGAUGCUAUUGUUGCUGCUUCAAAGUGCUUGAAAAUGGUUUACUAUGCAAAUGUAGUUGGAGGGGAAGUGGAUACAAAUCACAAUGAAGAAGAUGAUGAAGAGCCCAUCCCGGAGUCCAGUGAACUGACACUUCAGGAGUUAUUGGGAGAGGAGAGAAGAAACAAGAAAGGUCCUCGAGUAGACCCACUGGAAACUGAACUUGGUGUUAAAACUCUAGAUUGUCGAAAACCACUUAUCCCUUUUGAAGAGUUUAUUAAUGAACCACUGAAUGAUGUUCUAGAAAUGGAUAAAGAUUAUACUUUUUUCAAGGUAGAAACAGAAAACAAAUUCUCUUUUAUGACAUGUCCCUUUAUAUUGAAUGCUGUCACAAAGAAUUUGGGAUUAUAUUAUGACAACAGAAUUCGCAUGUACAGUGAACGAAGAAUCACUGUUCUCUACAGUUUAGUUCAAGGACAGCAGUUGAACCCAUAUUUGAGACUCAAAGUCAGACGUGAUCAUAUCAUAGAUGAUGCUCUCGUCCGGCUAGAGAUGAUCGCUAUGGAAAAUCCUGCAGACUUGAAGAAACAGUUGUAUGUGGAAUUUGAAGGAGAACAAGGAGUUGAUGAGGGAGGUGUUUCCAAAGAAUUUUUUCAGCUGGUUGUGGAGGAAAUCUUCAAUCCAGAUAUUGGUAUGUUCACAUAUGAUGAAUCUACAAAACUGUUUUGGUUUAAUCCAUCUUCUUUUGAAACUGAGGGUCAGUUUACUCUGAUUGGCAUAGUACUGGGUCUGGCUAUUUACAAUAACUGUAUACUGGAUGUACAUUUUCCCAUGGUUGUCUACAGGAAGCUAAUGGGGAAAAAAGGAACUUUUCGUGACUUAGGAGACUCACACCCAGUUCUAUAUCAGAGUUUAAGAGAUUUAUUGGAGUAUGAAGGAAAUGUGGAAGAUGAUAUGAUGAUCACCUUCCAGAUAUCACAGACAGAUCUUUUUGGUAAUCCAAUGAUGUAUGAUCUAAAGGAAAAUGGUGAUAAAAUUCCAAUUACAAAUGAAAACAGGAAGGAAUUUGUCAGUCUCUAUUCUGACUACAUUCUCAAUAAAUCAGUAGAAAAACAGUUCAAGGCCUUUCGGAGAGGUUUUCAUAUGGUGACCAAUGAAUCUCCCUUAAAGUACUUAUUCAGACCAGAGGAAAUUGAAUUGCUUAUUUGUGGAAGCCGGAAUUUAGAUUUCCAAGCACUCGAAGAAACUACAGAAUAUGAUGGUGGCUAUACCAGGGACUCUGUUCUGAUUAGGGAGUUCUGGGAAAUCGUUCAUUCAUUUACAGAUGAGCAGAAAAGACUCUUCUUGCAGUUUACAACAGGCACAGACAGAGCACCUGUGGGAGGACUAGGAAAGUUAAAGAUGAUUAUAGCCAAAAAUGGCCCAGACACAGAAAGGUUACCUACAUCUCAUACUUGCUUUAAUGUCCUUUUACUUCCGGAAUACUCGAGUAAAGAAAAACUUAAAGAGAGAUUGUUGAAGACCAUCACAUAUGCCAAAGGAUUUGGCAUGCUGUAAAAAAGAAAGAAAGAAAAGAAAAAAGAAAAGAAAAGAAAAGGGAAGAAAGAAAGAAAGAAAGAAAGAAAGAAA